AUGGAGGCCGUCCAGCGUUGGGCCUGCGAAAAGUGCGCUUCGCCCGGCUGCUGCGAGCCGCAGCGGUGGUGCUGGUGGCUGCACGAGCGGCUGACCAAACUGGUUGAUGAGACCGGCAAGCAGGUGAAUCUCUACUACGACCUUCAAAAUCGCAAGUAUGAGAAGCUGCAGGAUGCCGCCUUUUUCUGGGGCUCGCCGAUGUUGCUGCCUCCCUUCCUCGCCGCGCUGCGGAUCCACGAGGAUGUGAGCCGCUUCCUGGCCUUCCUCUUCAGCCGCCACGCCUCCAGUCCCACGCUGCAUCGCUGCCUGGACACCAAGUGGGGAGCUGUACUUCGUAGUGGCUACGUUACCAUGGUGGAGAAUCAAGAGGAGCUCAGCAAGCAAGUUGCCAAGAUCUUCUGGGAAAUUGGUGCCACGUCCCGUUUCACGAAUUUUCGCUGGAUCACAACGAGCGAGCAGAUGAUGCCCGUGAGAGAAGGCUGGCAGCUGAUCUUUAACGGAUUCAUCGGUAUGAGAAGGAGCCUUGGCUUCCUUCGCCUGACGCGACAUCGUUUGGGUCUCUUGAGGCCUCAACACGUGGACUCUGACUCAGACCAUUUGCUCCCCAAGGAGGGGGGCGAGUACGACACCUGGGAGCUGAGACGCAGCCUCUUCCAGGAUGACAGGAAAUUCACAGACAAGAUGGUGCUGCGCUUCCUCAUUCGCAAGGUUUUCGUUGCGGUGACGGGCUGA